AUGGAGCUGUCCUUUGGACUUAUGACUCAGGUCUGGUCAGCGAUAGCAUCUAUAUGGGAGAGAUACAAAUCUGAUCACUGGCUCCAACUGGAUUUGGACACUGGAAAGCUACUCAAGAGCGCUAGGUGUUUAUCACCCUAUCAAUGCUAUUCCUCAAGUGAGAAAGAUGAAGGUGAUACCGAAGAACACCGCCUACGAAGACGUGUUUUGGCCAUUGGAAUUUCAGAGUAUCAUUUCAUGCUUUGGGAUCUCGCCAGUGGAGUUGCUAGGCUUAACAUGACCCAUCAAACCAUUCCGUCUCAAUUGGAGCCAGAUCUCCAAACAUCAAAAAUCACUCAUGUUGCAACACUAGAGCCGUCUCUUGUUACCUUCGAGGGAUGCAAGUUUCUCUGGCACCUUCGACUGUCCUCCCCAAUUGUGGAUCUCUUCUCCGUUCAGCCUCCUCCUCCUCCUCCUGCUUCAUUCGAGGAGAAGGUGACUUCCACCCCACCGGGUCAGGACGCGUCUUCCCCCUCCACCAACGACUUCCUUCCAGUGCCCUCGAGACGAGGCGCGGACUACGUCGGAUCGUCCCACCGUCUCAGGCGAAUAAUCUUCACAACCUACGCUCUCGUUCUGAAUGCGUCAUACUCCCUUCCGCACUAUCCGACUCAGUCAGCGCUUUGGGAGGAAAAGUUCAGCCAGCAAAAUGAGUUCGUACCAUCACUCUACCUGGGUGAAUCGAGGUCACCCCCUAUCUACGUUAUCCACACCCUCGCCGAAGUUGGUCUGAAACCGCGGCACGUGCAUCGCAUCGCCGAGCACCACCGUCUGGGCUACAAGUCGCCAGGCGCCUCGGCGACGUCCGACCUCACCACCGUAGUUCGAUCGGACAGCGACAAUCACGGUGUUACGUUUUGGCCGAAAAGUCUUUUCGGCCUGUAUCACCUCUCACCCGAGUCCCCUCGUGUUAAUCCCGCCUGGUCCCCACCAUCCCCUCACCCCGUCUUUCAGCUCACCGACCAGUCACGCAGGUGCGGACUCUCUCAUCAAUUUGUCGACACAGGCCAGUUGAUUGUCCAGCCGAUCCACAGUCCGGAUUUCUUAUUCACGUCCACUCCAACAAAGUCCAGGACCCUCCAGCUCAGCCUGCUCGGCACCGCCAUGCUGACUGUCUUCCUCGCCUUGACAAUCGCCUUUCUCCUGCACAACCGUGCGCACAGUCGUCACGGUCACCAGGUGGGCCGUCUCUUCAACGUCCUCUUCCUUUCCUCGUGGGACCACGCAUCCCCCAUGUUGCACCCCUCGUUUGAUCGAGCCGGUGAGGACGGCUGGGCGGGCCACCCUGUCCCAGGGGGGGACCCGUUGGGUGCCGGCUCCAACCCCGAGGUGGUUCGUUUCAACAUUCACCGUGUCCUCGGCCUCGGCGCGAACGGCACCGUUGUCUUCGAUGGUACGUUCUUCUGCUCUUUUAGCGGAACUUAUGGCUUGCAGCCGGUGGCCGUCAAGAGGAUUAUGCGUCGCGCCGAGUUGGAGAGGAGUUGGCUGCGCGAGCACAGGAUUCUCAUGAACCACCACCACGAGCACCUCAUUCGCUGCUUCUGGACGGGUAGCUCGCCGCACUUCCACUACCUCGUCCUGCAGCGGUGUGCAACCAGCCUCCUCGAAGCUCUCGACUCCGAGUUGAGUCGCGAGGGCGCCAACACGAACCCCCUGAGGCGGUUCGGUCUGGCGCCGGUGCAAUGCGUCCACCAGCUGCUCAACGCGGUGACCUUCUUGCACUCGAAGUCUGUCGCGUUGCUCCUUCUGCCCCUCACAGUUCAUCGCGACAUCAAACCCGGAAACAUUUUCAUCCUCGAGUCCACCUACUCCUCUUCCUCCUCGUCCAACGCCUCUCCCUCGAACCGUCUGGUGCUGGGCGAUUUCGGGCUUUCCUUGCCACUGGACGACGGGAGGCUCACAGACUCGGCCUCUGCGGAGAAGGAGAAGCGCACUGCAACGCACGAGACAUUUCCGUUCGGCAGUCUCGGCUGGAUGGCACCGGAGAUGUGCGCUCACGGCAAGGAGGCGGUGGUGAGAAUUUGUCAAUUUGCCAGUUGUUUGAAGCAGCGUUAUUGUGACCCUGGGGUCGUAGCCACAACCCACGCUGUGGACGUGUUUGCGUUCGGCCUGGUGGCCUACUUCAUACUCUCCUGCGGACAGCACCCCUUCCUCGACGACGCGGAAUGGCGGAAAUCGACAGCCUCGCAGUGUCUCCGUGAUCUCUACACCUCCAUGGUAACCCUGCAGACAAUUCAGAGGGCAAUCAACGAUCACCAGCAGCCCUGCGUGAAUGAGCUGGUGGGCUGUGUGAAAAAUGCCGCCGACGGGGCAGAUGAGAAACCGGACAAAAUGAGGGGUUACUUGGCACAGCAGAUGAUUGAAGAGUCCAUGGCCUUCACUCCAUCGGACCGUUGUCCCAUUCAGUUCCUGGCAGCAUCGCCGCUGUUCUGGUCCGCGGAGGACAUUCUUGCCUUCUACACGGAGGUUUCCAACUUCAUUGACGAAGCCAAGCCGAUAAAGUUUUCAUCGGCCUCGUCGUCUUCCGCCAACUUGACCAACGGGCGUCCGAGGCAUAUCGUGUUUUCGCGAUCAGCUGAUCGAUUGCCCGAGCAGACCUGGGAUCCUUUCAGGCACAAACGCCACAACCUGCUAGCCUCAUUAGAUCGCUACUCUAGUCGGGUGUUUUCGUCAUCGUGGCUGCGACAUUUGGACGUUAUCAUUGUGGAGGAUUUGCAGGCUGUUCGAUCGUACCAGGACAAAUCCCUGUCUCACCUGCUUCGCGCCAUAAGGAACAAGCGGAACCACGUGUGGACACUGCCCGGUGCCGUUCGGGGCGUGCUAGGGGAGAGCGACGAGGCGAUGGCGGAGUACUGGAACUCGCGCUUUCCCAGCCUCCUUCCGAUCACCUACUGCCUGGCGCGGUGUUUCCUCUCUGAGGUGUCCCAAUUCCAGCGCUUCCUGCCCGGUCCACUUACGGAGGCGAUGGCCGACCAACUAAUUUCCACCUACUGCCAACCGUCCUCGCCGGCCAUGUGGGCGAGACUACCGGUGAGUGCUUGCACACCCGAACAUGGUUCACCGAUCCAGGUGAGAACGACCGGAAAGAGGGUCGCAGCUGCGGACACAAAUGCCUCAUUGGUGAACGAUGAAAUCGGUGGUAAACAACCACUGGUGUCGAUCGAGGAGAAGGAAGGUAAAGCUGACGCUACCGGUGACGACGACAACGAAGACAACGACGACGAGGCUGCCGACCCAUUUAUUGACCAAAGAACCAAGAAACGCAGGCGACGACGCAAGGCAAAGUCGCUCGGCGUCGGAAAAAACAACUUGACUUCUAUGUGA